AUGACCAAUGCCUCAACGAGACAAGACCCAUCGAUCGAUGUACCGGAAACACAUCUCCCGGUAGACCACCAAGUGUCUAAAUCCUGCUCAAGCUAUUUGCCUACCAGCGCGAAGGCCGUACUGCUGAUCACCGCCGUGGAAGAUGCCUUUGACCAGCCUGGCCAACCUCAUUCCUGCCGCGUCCCCCUUGUUAGCGGCUCCCAAGUGAAUUUUGUAACGGAGGAAAUGGCCAACUGCUUGGGUAUCAAGAAGCAGCGAGCAAAUGUUCCUAUCACUGGCAUCAACGAGUUGCGAAGCCACGCUCGCGACAAGGUGUUGGUAAAGGUCCGAUCCAAAGUGACUAAGUUCUACUGCAGUCUCGAGUGUCUGGUGACACCAAAGGUGCCUGGAAAAAUCCCAACCAGCAAAAUAGACGUCAAUGGAUGGCGUAUUCCAGAAGGAGUAGUGCUAGCCGAUCCAGCGUUCCACACACCGGAUAAGGUGGACAUGCUGAUCGGUGGAGAAUUGUUUUUCGACAUCCUGAAGCCAAGACAUCUAAGCCUGUCCGACAAGUUACCGCAGCUGCGAGAAACCCACCUGGGAUGGAUCGUAGCAGGUGUCAUCAAGGAGCCAUACGUUUCCAACACGUCGAUACAGCACUCCAAUGUGGCAACCAUAGAAAAGAUUGAAUCCGAAAUGCAACGUUUCUGGCAAAUCGAGGAGCUGCCAAAUAUUCCUAAACUAUCCAGGGAAGAAGUAGCCUGUGAAUCCCACUUCCUCUCAACCUACAAACGUAAUUCGACUGGCAGAUUCGUAGUGCAACAGCCGUUUAAACCAACCGUCACUCAACUGGACGACUGCCGAGACUUGAAAAGGUUUCUGAUGCUAGAAAAAAGAUUACUGCGCAAUCCAUCUCUCCAGGCGCAGUACGCCAGUUUCAUCAGAGAGUACGAAGAACUCACUGCCAUCAACUCAAGCACAAAAUGUCGGGUGGUAUUUGAUGCCAGCGCUAAAUCUUGUCCAUCCAACCUGUCUCUCAAUGACGUUCUCUUCGUCGGUCCGGUGGUGCAAAGCGAAUUAUUCUCUAUAAUGCUUCGUUUCCGCACUCAUAAGAUUGCAUUCACGGCGGACAUCUCCAAAAUGUAUCGACAGAUCCUGAUGACUCCAGAGCACCAACACUAUCAGCGAAUAUUUUGGCGAGAGCAAGUAUCAGAUCCGUUGCGAGUACUGGAACUUGACACCGUUACGUACGGUACUGCAUCGGCCCCGUACCAAGCUACGCGAUGCCUCGCUCAACUGGCCGAGGAAGAAAGAGAUGAAAACCCAAUUGCAACUCGAAUAAUCACGCGCGAGGUAUACAUGGACGACAUGCUUUCUGGUGCCGAGACGGUAGUUCUAUUUUAG